GCACAGAGGCCUCAGCUCUGCUUUACCAAACUUACCACUCUCAGCUUCAUCUCGUCCUCUGCCUUUUAAAAUCCUGUAGACAUAUUUGUUUGCUAUGUGUGCAUGUAGACAUAUGUAUGCACACACGGUGGCACAUUCCUGGCGGUCAAGGACGACUGGAGGAAAUCCAUUCUCUCCUACCCUGUGGCUCCUUUGGAUUGGGGUCAGGGUUGGCAGCAGAUCCGUCUGCUGACCAGACAAACUGCCAGUUCAGUUUCUGCUCUUUUGUGGAUACUAUUUCCUACUUGGUUUUUUCACCCUGAAUCUCUCUGUGUUUCCUAAUCAAACAGGCCUUUUGUUUGUUUGUUUGUUUUGGUUCUUGGUUUUGGAGUUGUUUUUUUUUUUUCUCAGUAAUUUAAAAAGUUGUUUGUGAUAUAGCCAAGAGAAUAAGUAUGACUUUCUCUCGUUUAUUAAAUGUCAACAUGUAUCCUUUAAUAUUCACGUAGGAAACAGUGAGAACUUUUGCAUGUAGCACACAUAUAGAUGGAACGAUGGUCAGACAGGGCAGACAGAUGAAUAGAACCCUGCUGGAGCAAGCUAGAAGCUGAACUUGGGGCGUGCGUCUGAGGUCUGGCCUGGGACUUACAGUGAAGGCCAGUCAAGAGAAGUUGGCUCAGCUCAGGGAUGUUGUGGUUUUCAUUUAGAUGAGGACGCCUCGCCUUUGCACUGUGUGCUGUCUGUGUCGGGGACUGGUCCUGUUCAUUGUAAGAUAUUUUAACAGCCUCUCUGAUCUCGGUCCUUUCUGUCCUUUCUAUAUGCCAACGCAACAAACCCCUGCUCCUCCUACAGUUGUGAAAAUAAAACUGACUCCAGACUUGUCAAGUAUGCCCUGGAGGCAGGUGGGGCAGUCAGUGUUGCCUCUGGGUGAGAACUAGGUCUUGAUUACAGAAGGUGGAGGUGUUUCUUGCGGACCUUGUGGUUAUCUCCAACCAGUAAAAUAGCUUAUAGCCAUAUUAGAAGGACCUGCGGCACAAAGCACAUCACUGCGGGCUGAGGAGCUUUGUGGACUUGUUGCAAGAAUUACAACUUCCCGUUUGCCCCUGCAGCAGCAGAUGUCGACACUUGGAAUCAUGCAGAUAGCAUGACAUCCAUACAGGAAAGAUAGACAAACUGCUAGGCCAUUAGGUAAAUAGAUGCCUCGGAAGAGCAUUAGAUAAGCAAAAUACCAAAAGACUCAAACACCACAUCUCCCCGUCGUGUGUGCAGAUGUAAACGUGUGUGUGUGUGUGUGCGUGUGUGUGUGUGUGUGUGCGCGUGUGUGUGUGUGUGUGUGUGUGUGUGUGGAUGAUGUCAUGAGGUGGGAGGAAGAACCUCAAGAGGGAAGAUGGGAGAAAAAAGAAUGUAGGAAUGUGUGUGGCAAAAAAGUAGAGAUGGAGACUGUUUUGAGAAAGCUUGGAAUCUCGGCAGGAAUUGGGCACACAGCGGGGUGCAAGGCAUGCAAAUGGCAUCUAUACAAGUGACUUAAGGAAGCUCACUCACUGUAUGCUAAGCUAAAAGGGGGGAAAUGGAAAGACAGUUCAAGUGGAUUAGGACUAUGGAGGGAGGAAAGGAGGAAGGGAAGGAAAGAAAGAGCAGGCAAGAAAGGAGGGUGACUGAGGAGGGAAGGAAGGUCCUUUUCUUCCUUAACCUGAGGCAGCAGCAUGUUUGUCCUAGGAGCCCCUCUCCAUGACGUUUCCUAGGUACUCAGGAAGAUGCUGCUUUAUUUGGAAUGGGGGCAGAGGAGAGGCAUUGCUAAUCUGAGGAUUAAAAACAUAAUAACUGGGCUGGAGAGAUGGCUCAGUGAUUAAGAGCACUGACUGCUCUUCCAGAGGUCCUGAGUUCAAUUCCCAGCAACCACAUGGUGGCUCACAACCAUCUGUAAUGGGAUCCGAUGCCUGGUGUGUCUGAAGACAGUGACAAUGUAUACAUAAAAUAAAUAAAUCUUAAAAAAAAUAAUAACUUUUAAGCAGGCACCUUUAAUUGGGAGGCAGAGGCAGGCAGAUCUAUAUAAAUUCAAGGCCAGCCUGAUUCACAGAUCAAGUGCCAGUACAGCCAAGGAUACACAAAGAAACCUUGUCUUGAGAAAAACAAAAAAAUACUACUAAAAUUUUUUAAGCUGAGGUACUGGACUCCUCCCAGCCAGCAGGGGUCAGGCUCAAUCAGGCAUUGCUCUCGGAGACCCUGUUUUCACCUCCCUGUUGACUUUGUCAGUAACCACAAUCCACUCUAACUGCUGGCCUUUAGAAAGCACAUGAGGAACUGUACGAGACUUCUAGCUGCUGGCCUCUUGAGAGCACUUUACACUUACCUCAAGGAACUGGGUUACACCCUGGGUUUUCCUCCUGGAGCCAUGCAAUGGGUGAAUUGGCCUUUCCUGUGAGAACUGAAUAAGUGCACAAAGGCUUGCCCACCUGAAUAAGUGCCUGAUGAACUUUAAGUUAGGCAAUUUCAGCUAUCAGAAAACCCCUCUGAAGUUAGGAGAGCUUCAAGGAAACCACUUCACUGUCGUUCUCAGGAAUAUAACGGGAACGGAUGAACAAGUGCAGCAAGCCAUGCAUUCGCUGCAGCAGACCGGCUUCAUCAACUACUACGGCAUGCAGAGGUUUGGGACCACGGCUGUUCCUACGUACCAGGUCGGAAGAGCAAUUCUACAGAAUUCCUGGACAGAAGUCAUGGAUUUAAUACUGAAACCCCGCUCUGGAGCUGAGAAGGGUUACUUGGUGAAAUGCAGAGAAGAGUGGGCCAAGACCAAAGACCCAGCCUCUGCCCUCAAAAAGCUACCCGUCAAAAGGUGUGUGGAAGGGCAGCUGCUUCGAGGACUUUCAAAGUAUGGACUGAAGAAUAUAGUCUCUGCGUUUGGCAUAAUACCAAGAAACAACCGCUUAAUGUACAUCCACAGCUACCAGAGUUAUGUGUGGAAUAGCAUGGUGAGCAGGAGAAUCGAGCUGUAUGGGCUGAAGCCUGUGCCGGGGGACCUCGUGCUCAAAGGAGCCACGGCCACCUAUAUUGAGGAAGAUGACAUUAAUAACUACUCCAUUCACGAUGUGGUGAUGCCUUUGCCUGGCUUUGAUGUCAUCUACCCCAAACAUAAAAUUAGCGAGGCCUACAGGGAAAUGCUUGCCGCAGACAACCUUGAUAUUGACAACAUGAGACACACGAUUCGAGAUUACUCCUUAUCGGGGGCCUACCGAAAGAUCAUCAUCCGACCUCAGAGCGUCAGCUGGGAAGUGGUUGCAUACGAUGAUCCCAAAAUUCCACUUUUCAACACGGAUGUGGACAACCUCGAGGGGAAACCACCACCAGUCUUUGCUUCUGAAGGCAGAUACAGGGCUCUGAAGAUGGACUUCUCUCUUCCUCCCUCUACUUACGCCACCAUGGCCAUUCGAGAAGUGCUCAAAAUGGACACCAGCAUCAAGAACCAGACCCAGCUAAACACGAGCUGGCUGCGAUGAGCAGUGGGUCUGAGUAGUGGGUCGCUCAGAGAGCGGAUGGACGGAUAGACAGAUGCAGACCUGCUUCCGACCUGUUCUGUUCUUUUUAUGUGCUGACUCAUGUUUGGGAUAUGAAUCUUUUAUAGUAAAGAAUUAUUUGUAUUUUGUAAAGUUUGUAUCAGCUUAAAUACUUUGCAAUAUUUGUACACAUGUACAAAUCCUGAGGAUCCUAGUUAUAGCUCAGAAAAUUAAAAUUGGUCAGAAUAUCCCUUAGGUGCUUAAAUUCUAGGACAGUUUCAGCUUUGUGGCUUUAUAAGAAUAAAGGGGGGGUUGGGGAUUUAGCUCAGUGGUAGAGCACUUGCCUAGCAAGUGCAAGGCCCUGGGUUCGGUCCCCAGCUAUGAAAAAAAGAAAAAAAAAAAAGAAUAAAGGGGGACUUUGGUUUAAAGUUGCAGUUUUAGGUUUUGCUGUGCACCUGGAGUACAAACAAUUUUAUGUUUGUGGUGGGGUUAUUCAGUGGUUCAUGUCAGAGCUGAUGCAGCAGACAAAUCUGGACUGGAUUAGUACUGCACACUUAACACGCAGUACUCAUGUUGGUUUCAAUGAUAGCAAAACGUCCACAGGCUCAGGUAAGCGUUUAUAUACAGCUUGGCUCCCAGUGCCUUUCUGGGUAGUCUGUCAGCAUCUUUCAAGGGGAGCGGUGCCCUUGAUAGAAGUCUGUAGCUUUUAUUGGGUGCAGUCUGAUUUUACUGAUUUUACUGUAGGUGCCUUUUACUUUCAGAACCCUUUCCACUGGACUCAAAAGUACAUAGUGACCAUGGAGAAACUCUGGAAAGCUGAGAAGGGCUCCUGCUUUCAUCUGCAGCUGCUUAAGAAUCUCCAUCACGGUCACUGCAGAAAUCCCUCCUCCAAAAGGAUGCAAAUGCCUUUCUGGAGUUGUGGAACAUGACUCUAGCCAGUUUUAUUUUCUAUCAUUUCUAAAAGCAAAUGUAAUAAAUAUUUUUAAGAACUCCUUUCUACUAACUAUGUAAAUAAAUAAAUGUUCUAAAACUGA